CGCUGCCGCUGAAGGCAAAGGGUGGGGGUGGGACCUGGGGGGUGGAAGACAGGUGGUCCCUGGGCACUGCCUGGGAUCCGGGAGAAGAACCCGCCACCUUUGCCUCAGCAAUGCUCGCAGGAAGAUAAGUCGCACUCCCCACGAUCUUGAACGGGGGCAGAUUCCUAGGGAAGGCUCCCUUGGGGAAUGUAGGACUCACUGCAGGGCUGAGGGUGUUGGGGUCCCGGGCAUUAAUCAGGUCUAACCACAGAGCCGGAAUAAUAAUUAUAUCGUAUUAUAUACCCCCUUUCUCUCUGCCAUCAUGAUUUUCCAUGGCAGCAGCAUUAGCAGCCGCCUGAGGGUGAAAAUGUGGGUGAUGGGGAAGUUGGUAAUGACUCCGCUGUUUUUUCUCAUGGCUCCUUUGGGCAACAGCUGUCCGCCCCCGGUAUACACUGUAGUUGAUUGCAGGGAAACCCUGUACCUCUCCCCUUCCUUCUCUACCGAUUUUGCACUUUUCUCUUUGCUCACCACCAAGUGUAAUCAAUAACAAGCACUGACAGUACAUAGCAAUAGUGAAAUCUGAAAUAACUUAAGAAUUAAUUAGGUACUACGGCCAUGGAUCUGGCUGGGUAAAAUCCAAUUGGAUAUUUCAGUUUCAUUCACCUACCCUGUUUUGGUGUUUUGGGGGGUUUGGGGGUUUUUCUUUUUCCCUUUUUCUUUGUAAUUUUUUUUUUUUUUUUAAAUUUUGGUAUUUGGAAAGCAGGGAUCAUCACGCUUCCCCUUCCCCGUUCCUUCUCAUAAUCCCUUCUCUAAAGAGGGGUGGGGGGGAUAAAUCCAUAUGGAUUUUAAGGAUUGGACUGGUGUUAGCUGUGUUUUAUUGCACACCUAAAUCCUGAUAAUAGGCUUUUCAUUUACCCCCAAAGCCUUUAUUUUGGCAUUUAAGCCAGAUGUGUUUUCCAAAAAGUUAGUUCCAAGUAUUUUCUCCACUCUUUCUUUCCUUCCUCCCCUUCCUUUUUCCCAUAACCCCAAACGUUAUUGUCCAAACAUGACUGGACAGCAGCUUUUGUUUCUUGACCCUGUAAUAUGACAGUCUGCUAAUAUUGCCUGGAGGUGCAGUUUUUGGGUUACAGUUGUGAUUUUUAGCUAUUCAAUCAUAUUAGCAGGAAAAAAAAUGACUUGUUUCUGUUGUACUUGAGUCUUAAGAAAAAGUGCCCAUAGUUUAGUGACAAUUUCCAAAGGCUUUAGUACCACCUGUAUUUCAAAAUGGGGGACCCAAACUCCCGGAAGAAACAAGCUCUGAACAGACUACGUGCUCAGCUUAGAAAGAAAAAAGAAUCUCUAGCUGACCAGUUUGACUUCAAGAUGUAUAUUGCCUUUGUAUUCAAGGAGAAGAAGAAAAAAUCAGCACUUUUUGAAGUGUCUGAGGUUAUACCAGUUAUGACAAAUAAUUACGAAGAAAAUAUCCUGAAAGGUGUGCGAGACUCCAGCUACUCCUUGGAAAGUUCCGUAGAGCUUUUACAGAAGGACGUGGUACAGCUCCAUGCUCCUCGAUACCAGUCUAUGAGAAGGGAUGUAAUUGGCUGUACUCAGGAGAUGGAUUUCAUUCUUUGGCCUCGGAAUGAUAUUGAAAAAAUUGUCUGUCUCCUGUUUUCUAGGUGGAAGGAAUCUGAUGAGCCUUUUAGGCCUGUCCAGGCCAAAUUUGAGUUUCAUCACGGUGACUAUGAAAAACAGUUUCUGCAUGUACUGAGCCGCAAGGACAAGACUGGAAUUGUUGUCAACAACCCUAACCAGUCGGUGUUUCUCUUCAUUGACAGACAGCACUUGCAGACUCCAAAAAACAAAGCUACAAUCUUCAAGUUAUGCAGCAUCUGCCUCUACCUGCCACAGGAACAGCUUACCCACUGGGCAGUUGGCACCAUAGAGGACCACCUCCAUCCUUAUAUGCCAGAAUAGAGUGCUGACCAGCAAAAUGGACAAGAUCACAGAGUGCAGCAGCAUUUUUUUUUCUUGUUUUCUUACACUUUAUUCUUUCAGAGUUUAAAGAAAAUGGACUCAUGCACAGAAUACUACGCAUUUUGAAACUUGUUCAUCCUGGAUUUUUUUUUUUUUUUUUUUAAUUAUUUGUGUCUCAGAACUUAAAAAAAAUUAGGUGUCUUCUGCACGGACUGUGUGAAAGAAGAUGCUUUGCAUAUUUGCUGCACUGCAUCAGCAUCUUACUAAAAUGUGAAAUGAAAGGACUAUUGUACACUGAAAUGCUUAAAUGUAUCUGAAAGCACAAGGUGAUACUCAUUUUUGAUGGUCUUUCCAUUUGUGCUGGUUUUUGCCUCUUUGACAUCUGUCCUCAGUAUUUAGAGGGUGAGAAGUGAUGGUAAAAGGUAUAAAUAACAUUUUAAAAAACUUAGCUUUGCUGUAAUUACCGUCGUUCCAGAGCACUGUCAGAUUCAUUCUAAUGACCAGAAGUGGUUGUUUAAAAAAAAAUACGUAUAGAUACACAACCAUGGGAAAGAAAUCUGUAAAAAAAAAAAAAAAAAAAGCAAGCAUCUCAUUGUAGGCAUUCUUGCCUCAUGUUUUACUGGGCCAUGUUUGUUUCCUGGUACUCAUAAAUGUAUGUAUUUUAUUUCCAGAUCUCUUUCCCCAGGUUGCUGUUACAAGAGUAUUCUGCUGAAUGUGGAUACAGUUGAUGCACAUUGAGGCAGGUCUGGAGUCUGAAGUAGCUAAAGCAGCUAUGAAAGUGAGAAACACACAUUCAUAGCUGCAGACACCGUGAUAGGUAGAGGACUUUCCUUUUUUUGGUUUUUUUGUUUUGUUUUGUUUUAAAGAGGAGAUUUUUUAUUACAAAGAAAAUCCAGUGAAUUGUGCAGAAAUACUGGUUUCUACACCAUCCUAAAGGAAAACUUAUGAGGGUUUUUUGGAGUAGAAAAAAGUUACUAAAGUUGGGAUCUUAAAUUGUUUAAAAACCAUUGAGUGUCAAAGCUCUAAAAGCAGAACUCAUAUUGUGCAAUGAACAUAAGGAAAGACUACUGUAUAGUUUUUUUGGUUUUUUUCUUUUUAAUGAAGAAAAGCUUUGCUUAAGGGUUGCAUACUUUUAUGGAGUAAAUCUGAAUGAUCCUACUCCUUUGGAGUAAAACUUAGUGCUUACUGGUUUCCAAUUGUAUUUAGCUUCUGGUUGGAAUUUGAAAAAAUGAAAACCUAAAUAAAAUAGGUGAAAGUUCCCUGACUAUUCAGGUGAAUACACAAAA